AUGGUAACUGCCGAAAUGGAAAGUGAAGAACGGAUGAAGUUUGCCGCCUUGUAUCUGGAUGUGAAGGCCAAAUUGACUCGACAGAUGAAUUCCAUCCGGAGAUUGGAAUCAAAUCCACGUUCAUCUUCGACACGCAAAACACGCCUACCAGAGAUACAGUUGCCGAAGUUUGGUGGAGCUUAUGCCGAUUGGCCGAAUUUCUUCUCACUAUUCUCAACAAUUGUCGACAGCAGAACGGAUUUAAGUGACCUGGAGAAAUUCCAUCAUCUGCGCUCAAGCUUAACUAGUGCCGCCUUGGACACAAUUUCAUCGUUGGAGCUAAACGAGACAAAUUACAUGGAAGUGGUAAAAUUGUUGAAAAAUUGUUAA